UGGGUCUUCCGCCCAUAUGCCUAUAAGAAUCUCAUAUCUAUUAUGCCAGUUCUACAAACUUAAAUCCUCUUCUCAGAAUUAGUGGGGGCUAUGGGUUUCCAUCGGAUGCUCAUGAAACUCAUUUGGGUUGGUGUGUUAUUAUCAGGAUUAAUGGCAGCCGCUGGAGUAGCAGCUCAUCAAUUAGCCCGUCCUAACUGCUCCGACCGAUGUGGAGGCGUAGAAAUUCCAUUUCCAUUUGGCACAACUGAUGGUUGUUACCUAAAUAAAUAUUUUGCCCUUACUUGUAACCAGUCGACCGGCGAGGUCAUAUACGGCCGAAACGUCAUCGUUACCAACAUUUCUAUCCAAGGUCAGCUAGAGAUCUUGAUGUAUGUAGCCCAUCAGUGUUUCAAUGAGUUGGGUAUGCUUCCACAUGAUAACAAACAUUUUCUGAGAGUCACCGCUUUCACAAUUUCCAGCACCAAAAACGUGUUCGUGGCUGUUGGCUGUGACACUUAUGCAUACCUUAACGGUUUCCGGAACAAUGACCCCUUCUCCAUGGGCUGCAUGUCCAUAUGUAAAAACAUUAGCAACGUGGCCAAUCAUUCUUGCUCUGGGAUUGGGUGUUGCCAGGUAGAUAUUCCACCGGGAUUGAAAAAUUUUACUUUGGAAGCAUAUAGCUUUAAAAAUCACACAGGAAUAUCGAGCUUCAAUCCGUGCAGCUAUGCCUUUGUUGUCAAACAAGACCACUUCAAUUUCUCCUCCGAUUAUCUUUACACUCUAAAAGACAACAAAACACUUCCGAUGGUUCUUGAUUGGGCGAUCGGUAAUGAAACAUGUGAAUUUGCUCGGAUCAAGUCCGAUUACGUAUGUGGAGGGAACAGCACAUGUUAUGAUCCCGGCAACGGGUAUGGGUACCGUUGCAAGUGCAAUGACGGUUACGAUGGAAACCCAUACCUCCCUCUUGGUUGCCAAGAUAUUAAUGAGUGCGAUUCAAUCAACGCCUGCACUGCUAAUGCAACGUGCACCAACUUUCUUGGGAAUUUCAGUUGUUCUUGUAACGAUGGGUACGAAGGCGAUGGGAGAAACGUAACAGUUUGCAGACCAGUCAACCAAUCAAGGGACUCGAAUUAUGUUAUAAAAACUACAUUGGGUAUCAGCAUAGGCCUCUUAGCACUGGUCGUGGGAGGUUCAUGUAUAUCUUGGGCACUGAAAAGAAGAAAGCUUCUCAAGCUCAAAGAGAGAUUUUUCAAACAAAAUGGUGGAUUAAUGUUACAACAAAAACUCUUGAAUCAUAGAGGGUCUAGGGAGACGGAUAAAAUCUUUAACGUAGAAGAGCUUGAAAAGGCCACCAACAACUACGACAAGAGUAGAGUCCUUGGUCAAGGAGGCUAUGGAACUGUUUACAAAGGAGUGUUGCCAAAUAACAAAGUGGUUGCCAUUAAGAAGUCCAAAAUCAGUGAUCAGAGACAGAUUGAGCAAUUCAUAAACGAGGUGAUUGUACUUACCCAAAUUAACCAUAGGAAUGUGGUUAAGCUAUUAGGUUGUUGUUUAGAAACUGAAGUUCCCUUACUAGUUUAUGAAUUCAUCACAAACGGGACUCUUUCUGACCACAUCCAUAAUAAAAGCCUAGCAUCCUCACUCUCAUGGGAAAAGCGUCUGAAGAUAGCAGCAGAAACUGCAGGAGCACUUGCAUACUUACAUUUUUCAACUUCUAUGCCAAUUAUACACAGGGAUGUGAAAACUUCAAAUAUACUUUUAGAUGAUAACUACAUGGCAAAAGUGUCUGACUUUGGAGCUUCGAGGCUGGUACCUCUUGAUCAAACACAAGUAACCACUUUGGUGCAAGGAACUUUCGGGUACUUGGAUCCCGAAUACUUCUAUACGAACCAAUUAACAGAAAAAAGUGAUGUCUAUAGUUUUGGCGUUGUUCUUGCAGAGCUAUUAACAGGAAAUGAGGCACUCUCUUUCAAUAGGCCUGAAAGUGAUAGGAGUCUCGCAUUGUACUUUGUUUCUGCAAUAAAAGAGGAUCGCUUACUUCAAAUUCUUGAGGAUAACAUUGUGAACGAGGGAAAUAUUCAAGAACUAAAGGAAGUUGCGAAACUUGCAAAAAAGUGCUUAAGCAUCAGAGGGGAAGAUAGGCCAACUAUGAAGGAAGUGGCAAUGGAGUUGGAGGGAUUGACAAUUAUGGUGAAGCAUCCAUGGGAAAAGGCUAGUCUCCACUCGGAAGAGACUGAGUUCUUCCUCGACAGCCAUACACGCUCUUUCGACAUUGAUGUUGGCAUUGGUUGUUCUUCUACUACUAGGUAUGAUAGCAUGACAAACCAGGUACUGAAACCAUUGGAUGAUGGUAGAUAAUUUAUAAGUCCAUGGUGAUGUGGAAGACAAGAGUUCAUUGGGUCCUAUAAUUUCAUUUUGGUUUUAUUAGUUUUAAUUUGUGUUUAUUUUAAUUUUCAAGAGUCAAAGGUAUUUUGUGAUUCAAUAAAUGGAAACAAAUGUCGACGUUUCCUAGAGUGUUGCCUUAAGGUUUAGUUGCGAGUCUAUUUAAGCAUAUGCACUUUAAUUUGUGCUCCAAUGGAGACAAACUUUGAUGGAAUAAAUUAUAAGAAAGUGAUUUUCACUCUCU